AUGAGCCAUCAGAUCGUAGAUGUCUCCGUUGCCAUAUCCUUCGUCAUUAUCACAUCGGUAUUCGCUGUCAGUCUUGGAGUGGCUGCCAACAUUAUCUCGAUUUUCCGGAAAAAAUCAAGCAUCGCAACUGGCAUUGAGAACAGAGCCCUCAGUGAUCAUCGUGGAGCAUCGGAUGCCUACUUUAUCCAGCUUACCCGAUCAUGGAAAGUGUCUCCAAAGCCGGAACGGCCAGCUUGA